UGCUUUGUGUCGGAGGCAGGAGGGAGGGACGCCCGGGUUAGAGAGUUGAUGUUCCCAGGCAGGCAGGGCGCAGCAGACGCACCUUUCCCACCUUUUCACAGAGCGGUUCUCUGCGUUGUUCAGUUUCUUCUGGGAAUUAACCAACUUCGAGACUUUUCCCACAACUUUCUCCCGGUCCGCAUGCUGCUAAGCUCGCUGCUCUCUGCACUUCAACACGGCGGCAGAGUCGAGGUGCAGCAGCUGUAGGGAUCAAUCUGAGAAGUAAAUGGUGUGAAAGUGGAGUACAACAGGAUUAUCAUCUGACGUCACCUUAAAGGAGCCCAAAGCGAUCAGGCUGUAAGAUUACACGUUCUCAGAUGUCUGCUGCACUGUAAUAAUGCCUUUGAGGUUACAAUGUCUACGCUGAAGCACGUUAUUCUGCAGGACAAAGACCAGGACAAUGAGAAGAAGCUGGACUGGAGUUACAUCAGCGAAUGGGCCGAGAAUGAAGUCGUCACGACAGGAACGUCGGACAUGGGGACCCAAACGGACUGGGGGUCUUUCGAGCACAAGGAGUGCCAGACCUGCAGCCCAGUGAUAAUGCACAUAGAUCUCACACGGACGCACUCCAAGCUGAGACACCUGUCGCUGUUGGACACUGAGGGACAGUUGGCACCUUUGUUCCAGUUCGACCGCCAGGCUCCUGGACGCAUCUCUACAUCUCCCACCUUGAGGAGGAUGAGGAGCACCAGACGUCCUCUGAUUGAUACUCGAGAAUUGGGCCGCAUGGAGAGCACUCAGGAGGAGUCAUACCCUGCAAGCCCACUGUCCCCUGUGCAGAGAGUCAAAUCACCUUUAGCAACAACGCCCUCCUCUGAUGGAGAGAACUGUCAGGAACCUCAGUCUGUUUCAUCCUCUGGGCGACAGAGAACCAGAUCGCGUAGAUCAAAGACUUUUGAAAAUGGUGUCAAUUCCACAAAAUGGGAAUGCCACAGUGCUCAUCCUGCUCUAAUGAAAGAGUCUUGGUCUUCUGAUGUAGAAGAGCAGGAGAGGGAACAGUGCCAUCGAAGGCUUCAUGAGAGGAGGCGGAGCUCAGUGGUGGUCAGUUUACCUGGACUCGAUGUCUCACCAGGAGACCUGUUUGUGUCCAAUGGAGCGGCGGACAUGAUCAAUGACUCAAAUCUCGCUGAUGCAAAGAAAUCAAAGUGGCCCUUUUCGAGGCGCAGUACGACUAAAGGGAAAUUACAGGUGGGCACAGUAUCAGAUAUUGAAAAAUACCUUUCAGUGGCGCAAAUUCAAGACUGGAGAAACACUGACUUUCAGAAGUAUAAGGACUUUUCUCUGGCUGAGUUCCUUCAGGAUCAGUCCUCGCAGGUGGGCGUUACCUCUGACCCUCAGGGUCGAAAGAGACAAGAGGCCAUCUGGGAACUCUUCACCAGCGAGUGCGUUUACUUCCUGGAUCAGCUCAUGGUUCUCAAAGAGGUGUUUUCAGCCACACUCAUGAACCUGCAGCAGAACAACUGCCUCACGGAUGUUGACUUAUGGAGCUUAUUUGCAAACCUGAAUGAACUUUGCCUGGUCAGCUUUAGUUUCCUGAACAACCUCUUGCGUGUCAUCAAGAACCUGUUGAGUAUUACUCAGGGGGGCGGGCCUACCCUGCUGGAGCUGCUGAGCAAGGUUUUUCAGGAGAGCAUAUGUCACUGUCUGGAGAAGUACUGCCUCAACUACUCAGCAGCGCUGCUUUAUCUGCACAACCUGAUGCCCAGGGAGGACUUCGGGUCAUACGUAAAGUGGUGUGAGAGAAGCAAACAGUGCCGGAGGCUGCAGCUACGCGACCUGCUGGUGGCGCCUCUGCAGCGGCUAACCCGAUACCCGCUGCUGCUGAGGAAUAUCGCAAAGAGAUGUCUGGUGUUGGAGGAAAGCAGGGAGCUGCAGGUUAUAGCUGAGAAAGUGGACACAUCCAUAUGUGAUUUGGAAGGGAAGGUCAAGUGGCUGGAUAAUUACCAGAAGGUGAAACAGCUGAGAGAUGCGCUGGUGUGGCUGCCGGUUUGGGAAAGAGACAAACGUGCCUUCAUCCCUGAGAGUCUGAAACAUCUCCUGAAGGCCGUCACUCUUGACAAUCUGAUCUCCCACAGAAGUCUGCUGCACGAAGGGAAACUAGUGCUCACAGAGAACACAAAGCUCAUAGAUGUUUAUCUGUUCCUGUUUGAUGAAUUCCUGCUGAUUACAAAGAUAAAGAGAAUCAAGAAGAGGUCUGUCAGUUCUGAGCAGAAUCACCUGAGGCUGCAGCAGAACCUGGAGAUGGACCAGCUGCUGAAGGAGGGAUGCACCUUCACGGUUCUCGAUCAGCCCAUCUCUCUGGAUCGACUGCAGCUCAGGAACAUUGACCAGCUAAAUGCCUCCACAUCGGGGCUGCCACAUUCUUUCAUCAUAAUGCACCACAACCGGUACCAACAGUGUAUUGGUGCAUUCAUCCUGCAAGCUGCGUCAGAGUCUGCCAAGAGGGAAUGGAUGACGAAGUUAGAGGGCGCUGUGGCGGCGCUGCUGAAGCUGGACUCUCAGCAGCCGCGAGUCAAGAGCUCCUCCCUGUGGCUGGAGUCCUCCCAGAUCUGAUCCCAUCCAGCAGCACUUUAAGCCACUGGAAACGUCUCCGAUGUCGAUGUGCACUUCACUGUCCCUAGGAGUCCGUCACAAUGACUGCUCCAACACUAGGAUUAUUUUGUAAAUUUUGUGUGCCUUUAAAGGUAGCUAAUGCGUUAGUGUACAAUAAAUUCUUAUGAUUUA